GUUUAAUCCUGUUUGGGAGAUUAACUGAUCCCUAAACAUGCUGCUACCGUCGGAUGUCGCGAGACUGGUACUGGGUUAUCUGCAGCAGGAGGGGCUGAGUGCUACCAGUAGAGCAUUCAUUGUGGAGAGUCCUAACCUGAGAGAGUAUGCAGAACACAGCACUGAGGAUGGAACCAUCCCUGCAUGUGUCUUUUCUCUUUUUGGGAAAAACCUGACCACAAUUUUAAAUGAAUAUGUUGCUGUAAAAACAAAAGAAACAUGUCAGGAGAAUCAAAUACCAGCAAUGAUGACAUCAUUAUGGAAAAAGUUGGAUUUUACUCUCAACCAAAUAAAAUCUAUGCAAAACUCUCCUGCUGUUUUACAAAUCCAGCGACUCCGCACACAGAACAGCAUUCAGAGUAUGCGACGUCAGAGGGUUCUUCUGUCUCAGUCUUCUUCUAAUGGGGACAUAACAGUAUCUACUCCAGAGAACUGUGUUGCCAGUUCUAUUGUAGCUCCUCAGGGCAUCCUGGGACAUUCCACCCCAGUGUGCUACACCUCCCAGCAAACUAGAACCUCCACUAUUAGCCUCUCUCAGCCAGAAGAUUCACAAUUACACAUUACAGUACCUGAUAUAAGAUUGACACCAGGACCGCUAUCUCCAGCUCGCAGAAAAUGUGACUCGCCUAGAAGACGAGCAGGAAGCCAACUUGGAAUUAGCAGAGGCAUUACUGUGUCCAGCACGCUCACUGUGGACACACAGAACCAGGAGGCCAUGACAGAAAACUUAUCUCAAAUGGUGAUCGAGAAUGCUCGAGAAAAGAUCUUAAAUGACAGAUUUUUACAAGAAAAGCUUGCUGAAAAUAUCAACAAAAUCUUGGCAAGUGAUAACAGCCCCCAGACGUCAAAGGCACCGUGCAGCACAGUGGAGCAGGAGCAGUCCAUAGAUGAAAUCCUGGGUCUGCAGGGAGAGAUUCAUAUGACUGAUGAUGCUAUCCAGGACAUAUUGGAGCAGACCGAGUCAGACCCUGCAUUUCAGGCACUAUUUGAUCUUUUUGAUUAUGGAAAGAGUAAAGCUGCUGAGGGUAGUGAGCAUGCUGAUGGAAGUAACAGUACCCAGGAGAGUGAUGAGCCUUGUCAUGUGGACAGUGCAACAGAUACAGGAACUGGACUAGAAGAUUCCACAUCAGGGGCAGAAAGCACUAGAAGCAAAAUAAGGAAAAGUAAUGUAAAAGAGGUGAAAAGCAAAAGAAAGUCAGCUGUUCCUCUCAGUUCGGGUAAGCCAGCUUCAGCACCGUCCCAGUCUCGCUCAGUGGCUAAACAGACAGCAACUGCAAGAGGAGCAUCACAAACCAAAAAAAGUGGCAGCAAGACCAGCAAUAAGACAACAAGAGAAGUAAAGACUACCUCUAGGGGGCAGCCAAACAAGAAAGGUGAACCAGAAUCAUCGGUAGAUCUUAAUAUAUCAAGCUCUUCUUUGUCUGAAGAGGGAACAAGCAUGGAAGUAGACGAGUCAGCAUGUGAAAUAGUGGAAAAGACACCACAAAAAGAUUUUCAGGAAAGCUCUAAAAAUGUACAGAGCUCUACAGUUAUCAACAACACUAGCUCUGAAAAAGCUUCAGUAUCUGACAAACAAGCAGACACUACUACUCCUGAAUUAGUUCUUGACACCUCAGGAGAAAAAUCUGGACCGGAGAGAGACAAAAAGACUCAAAUAGCUGCGGAGAAGAGUGUUGAAACCGUAGAAACAUCUGGUCAGAGCAUGAGUGAGCCAUCACGGCACAGAGCAACACACAAUGUCAGCAAAGAACCAAGUCAGCAACCAGCAACAAAUAAGGUUUCUUUACUAGACACCGUCACACAAGCAAAUGAAUUAAAUCCCAAAGAGGCAGAAGUUUGUACUUCAAAGAGCAUCUCUUCAGCUUCAGCUGUCUCUGCCAAUGCAGCCAACUCCACCUCUUCAACAACUGAUGGUGUAUCUCAGUCCCAGACAACACAGUCUGACCCCAGUAAAGUGGUGGCUCUGAAGAUAAUUAUUAGCGAUGAACAAGAGCAGCAGGGCAAUGACUCUGCUCUAAACCAGGCUGUUUCCAGCAUCACUGCCAACCAUGUCCCCACCAUCUUCCUCUCCUCCCCAGCUAAAUCUCCAUCUAAGGCCCCUUCUGUAUCCUCUGGCUACUCCAUUACUCAGGAGGAGACCGCACAGGCAGUGAACAGCCUACAGGGUACAGAAUCUACAGGAGACUUGGCUAUAAAUGCAGCUAACAAUGCACAACCUUCACAGAUCCGACCUAUCGGUCAGGAAACUGGUUUUAUCCAGCUUUUUCCUUCUAACCAGACAUUUGGAGGAGCCAGCAGCUUUUUUGUAGUGUCAGAUACAGGAGCAGUGUCUUCCACCUCACGUGUUGUGGCUACACCACCUCGCUCUCGGGCCAUGGUGUCAAUCAAUGCAAACGUGUCUCAGCCUUUCACGCCAGCAUCAGCCAUUAUCUUUUCCUCUCCGGUUCAGCCUAUGCUGCAGAAUAUGGCAGUCCCAGUGUCUGUUUUUGGACAGAACAGUACAGGAAAAAUUACUGUGGUUCACAACCAGAUGCUGGCAAUGCCUGGUCCGACAUUUAUAAACCAAACUGCAAAGGCUUUGCCAAUACCUAAAUUGAUGCCUAAGGACAGUGUGGAACUGGGAAAAGUGGGAACAUCUGGGUCCAGCCAGGUUCCAGCCAGCUCUCAAGGCUCAGUGCAGAUACAGAGUGGUACAGAAGCCAGCCCCAGUCACCGCAGGAUACUUUGCUUUGAUGAGAGUGCUGGCCAGACAAAUGCAAGUACUUCUGCUUCCCUUGGAGUAAAGGAGUCCUUAGGGACAGAGCGAACCCAGACUAGCAUUUUAGGCAACACUAAUGCCAAGAGGAGGGUAGAGACUAUACGAAUACCAGAGGAACUAGACAAGGCUUUUGGACCUCUCCAGCAAAAAGAGACUACAAAAAGCACAAAGCCAGAAACCAAGCAGACUGCCACUACCAGUAACUCAUCAAAUAAUGCCACUCUCCAAGGACCACCUACAAAGUCACAGCCAAACGUAGAAAGUAGUGCAGCGCCAUCAACAAACACUGUGGACAGUUUAAAGUCUUCUUCUCAGAGCAUCAAGCUAAAGUCCACCAGCAUCCUAAAAGACUCCUCACAUGAGGGAACACUUGAAAAAUCAGAUGGAAAUGUUGACAGUGGCAUCAGACAAGAUUCACCCGGUGUCACUUCAAACAAGGAGAACGAGGUAGAAGGCAGUCUGCAUGAGUCACGACAGGCAACUGCUUCUCCAUUUUCAGUACGAUCCCCUCAACCUGUUGCUGGUGGCUGUAGUAAAUCUAUAUGCAAGACAAGCCCUCUGACCAAGCAAGCAGCAGAGAUGUUGCAGGACAUUCAAAGCCAGAGUCCCAUCUCCACACCUCCCAGAAGGAAAGGCCCCUCAGACCUGUCUCUUCCAAGAACACCGGGACCAGGUCGACUCCAAGAGGACUUUUUGGAUGGCUUGAGAACGCCCUUAAGGCAAAGGCGUGAAGCAGAGGGCACACCAAAACACUUGGCUCCUCCUGCUACACCUGAUCUUCCUUCCUGCAGCCCAGCCAGUGAAGCUGGUAGUGAGAACAGCAUCAACAUGGCCGCCCACACACUCAUGAUCUUGUCGCGUGCAGCUAGGACAGGAGGGCCUCUAAAAGACAGCUUAUGGCAGAAGGAGGCAGACAUGGCUAAAUCGAGCUCCUCCAAAGGAAAAAAACGAAAGCAUGCUGAGCCAAGCCCUACAGCAAAAAAAGAACUGCAGCUUUCUAGUUCAUCAGGAAGUAAGAAGAAGACUAAAAAACAGAAGAAGCUGCUCGACUCCUUCCCACAUGACCUAGAUGUUGACAAGUUUUUGUCGUCCCUGCAUUACGAUGAAUGAGUCCAGAAUGUUGAUGUGGUAAAUGAAAAAAGAAACAUAUAUGAGUCUCACUUCUACUUAGCGAGUGUGGCUAACUGAUACAUGAUCAAUCAUACAGCUAUGUGAUCUUUGGGGACAAACACUAGCAGUGGAUUGGGUCAUAUUCAGCGUCUUACUGGAGCCAUCCCAUGACACUAAUAGUGAAAUGUCUACACAAGCAACAACAGCCCAGUCCUGAAACCGUACACUCUUACAGAAAAGGAAAGGAGAGUGCUUGUUGAAAUGUGUAACAUGUAGAAAUAGCAUGUCCUUGAUUACAACACUUAUUACUGAGUUCUAAACAACCUCUGGAAGCAACAUUAGUACAAAAAGAACUGUUCUACUGUUUUCAUGGCUGUGCAACCACAAACAAGUAUUAGAUCACACUGUACCAUUUAGCUAGAGUGAUGUGUCAUUUCCAGAAAGAGUGCCUGAGUUUUCCCUUGAUUGGUUCAUGGCAUUUACAAGCAAUCUUGUGUUUGUGCAUUGCCUAGCAACCCAGUUUCUCCAGUUGCCAAUCAUUAAUCCUCUGGGAUUUUUAAGCAUGUUUGAAAUUCAUUCAGUGCAAGACCACACCAUAGAAGCAGCCGAUGAAGGCUAGGCAACCUGAACAGAGGCUUAUAACAGGAAAGGCUUAUUAUAUGAGAAGCACAUUACAAAGUUCAUAUAUUUUUCUUAAACUUUCUGCUCCAUAGGCUAAUGUGUUGUCCCAAACACCAAACUAUGUACUGAAAAGUAACCUGACCAUUGGUAAAGUAAUUUAGCACACUAUUUUGACCAAACUCUGUGGUAAAUCCUAUACAGUGUUAUGAAGUAAAAGUACCGAAGUAAUGCCCACUCCUCGCCCUUUGUGUGCAGCUUAAGUGUAUGCUUAAGUAUUUCACACUGAAUUACAUGAAUAUUUUGUAAACUUGUUAAUUACACUCCCCUUUACAGUGCAGUUUUAAUUAUGCACUGUAAUAAGCAGUUUUGGCUUUUCUGCUCCUUGUAUCUUUAAAGCAUCUUCUGUUUUGUACAUGAAUGCUUUUAUUUUGACAAAAAUUGUGCUGCCACCCAGAGUUUUAGUGUUUAUUUCUGUGGCAGUCUUGGAUUUGUGAAUAGAUUUAAAGUCCCAAAGUGUUGAAAGCAGCCAUUUAUGUUGUGUAGUGUGCUCAAGGCUUGAUGCAUGCCACUGGAGGACUCUGGAACAGUGGAAAUACACUGAUCAGCCAUAACAUUAAAACCACCUCCUUGUUUCUACACUCACUGU